GUACACGUUUGACAUGAGUUUUGUUUACAUUCAACUUGCGGUAGAUGGUAAAGAGAGCUUCAAUGGCAAAGGACGUAAAAUUACGAGUUUUGGAACUGUUCAGUGGGAUUGGUGGUAUGCACUACGCUUUGGAAGCCAGCGGUAUUCCAGGUGAAGUUCAUGCUGCGGUUGACAUAAAUACAACUGCAAAUCGCGUCUAUCAGCAUAAUCACCCUGAGACAAAAGUCUUAAACAACAAUAUCCAAAAGUUUACGCCAAAAGAAAUUCUGAAAAUGAAUGUGAAUACAAUUUUGAUGUCGCCACCGUGUCAACCCUUUACUCGUGUCGGAAAUAAGAAAGAUGUGGACGAUGCACGUUCGAAUGCUUUAGUGCAUAUUUGCGGUAUUCUUCCCGAAUUGACCACCAUCGACUUUAUUCUCAUGGAAAAUGUGAAAGGAUUUGAAACGUCGCAGGCACGUGAUCUGUACAUAGAAGCUUUGAAGCAAUCUGGCUUUGAAUAUCAAGAGUUUUUAUUGAGUCCAACCGAAAUUGGUGUUCCUAAUACACGUUACCGAUACUACUGUUUAGCGCGGCGAAAACUAUUUUCAUUUAAAACUGAAUCGAUUAUGGAACGAUUACCGAAUAGAGUUGAUGAAUUUGAAUGCCCAACCAUAUCAUCGGUUUUGCCUAGUGUUGAUGAAGAUAACAAAGAGUAUUUACUAUCAGACAAUCUUCUUUCGAAACGGGCCCGGCUCUUGGAUAUCACAUACUCAAAUUCAACGAAUACAAAGUGUUUCACCAAAGCCUACACUCAUUAUGCAGAAGGCACUGGUUCGAUUCACUGUCCGGUGAGCAGAAAACAAUUAGAUGACGUGUUUGCCGAUAUUCAAAGUGACUCUCUAUCGCCAGAAGAAAAAUUAGCAAAUUUGAAAACCCUGAAAUUGAGGUAUUUUACACCAGCUGAGGUUGCAAAACUCAUGAGUUUUCCAGAUAAAUUCACAUUUCCACAAGAAACGACAAACAAACAACGAUAUCGAGUAUUAGGUAAUAGCAUCAAUGUGGCGGUUGUUGGGAAAUUAAUUGAAGUUUUAUGCAAAGAUUGAUGUGAAGUUUUGUUGAAAUAAAAAUAAAAAACUUUUUAAAA